UACAUCUUAUAGAUGUCGUUCAGUGUUAUCCGAAUAUAUAGCACAAUGAUAAAUUUUUAGAUGUUCUUGUAACUAAAUUAUGUUUUAUUUUCUGCAUUUAAAAGUGAAGCAAGUAUAUAGUUGAUCAUUAGAGAAAAAAGAAGUAAAUUGAAAGAAAAGUGCAGCUACAAGGAAAUAUCUAUUGUCAGGUUAUGUUACGACCAGUAUAACUUCGUCACAUUUCACUUUAUUUCCAGUCGACAAGGUAUACAAAUUUAAUGCGAUAUGUGGAAUAUUUACCUUUAGGAAAUAUAAAGAGACUGAUAAAGUGAGAAUAAAAUUAUCGGAGUAUCCGAGUUUGUGUGUGCUGUAUAAUAAAACGUAGAGGUUAUGUCGUUACAUCAGUCACGGUCGACCAAAAGUUUUAAAAAUUCAUGACAUGCGGUAUAUGUUUUCAACAAAAAUGCAAAAAUUGAAUUCCAAGGAGACCAUCAAUUUGCUGGACCUGCUGUCAGAAAGCGAUUCUGAUAGUACUGACUUGAUUCUGACACCUAAAAAGAAGAAAGUCAAACGACAACAUAGGUCAAGAGCCUUAAAUAGGACAAGACACAGUAAUUUUUGUGGUUGUAAUAAGUCAGAUAUGCGAGUGAUAUCUUUAUGGUUGGCAGCUGUACUAAUCACAUUUUGGUUAAUCGCCUUGUCUUGGCUAGCAGCAAUACUAUAUGGAGAAAUUAAGAAAAUGGAUAUAUCGAUAAAGUCAGAGAACCAACGGUCCUCAGUCGUCUACCAACCCUCGGUCAGUCGAUAUCGGAUGGCGGCGCAGCUGGUUAAGUGUCGUGUUGCGACGCGCGCCGUUCUACGAUUUCGUAGGGAGUUCGUCGUUUUGUGUACCGAAGCAUCCGUGUGUUGGCUCAGUGAUUCUCACCUAUCGAACCUUAAUCAGUGAAUAUCAUCGGCUCGCCUCCAGGACGACGGGAUUCCCGUCGGGAA